GCUGCCGCAUAUAUCCGUCACUCUGCAUCACCAGGAGGAUGACUGCGGCCUGCAGCAGAGCCGAAACAUCACCAUCACCAUCUGUAGCCAUGCGUUUCAACCACCAGCCCGCUGCUUUCCAGCUUUGCGCAAACGGCGCCAUGUUCGAGAGCGAAGACUCGAGCUCCGUCGACGGGGAGCAGAUGACCGAGGUGCGCUCCCCGAGUUCAGGGCCCUCCAGCCCGCUGUCCGUGAACUCGGACUCCAGUUGCACCAGCCCCGAGGCCAGGUCCGCCUCGUCGCAGCAGAGGGUCAGGAGGCCCCUGAACGCCUUCAUCAUCUGGACCAAAGAGGAGCGCAGGCGCCUGGCGCAGCUCAACCCAGACCUGGAGAACACAGACCUGAGCAAAAUACUCGGAAAGACCUGGAAGGCCAUGUCCCUGGCUGAAAAGCGUCCAUACAUGCAGGAGGCCGAGCGCCUGAGGGUCCAGCACACCAUCGACUAUCCAAACUACAAGUACAGGCCCCGCAGGAGGAAGCAGUUAAAGAAGAGCUCCAAGCCCCAGGGUGCAGAGGCUCCGACUGCUCUCUCUUCACUCUGCAGCUCGGGCUUCACGGUGCCCUACAACCUCACCCACCUGCUCCAGAACCAGCAGCACACCUUCCCAAACACACCUGCUUUCCCAAACUCGCCAGCUAACUUUGCCCCUUUGAACAGCGGCUACCCAAACACUCCUGUUUUCCCAGACACAGCAGCAGCAGAUGCUUUCUCAAAUAAGCCUGUGAUGUACUCAAACCCAUCUGCGUACCCUGCAGAGCCUCAUCUGUAUUUUGGGGGUCAGCACGGGCACAUGCAGUACGGGUUCUCCAGUUCUGCAGCUCCACAUGUGGAGCAGGGGGAGUCCAGGUUUUUCGGGGGCCCACUGUGCCCUGCUGGGCCCUCCCUGGAGUUUUACCUGGAGCAGGUCCAGCUGGACAUGCUGUACGAUCUGGACCGCAGCGAGUUCGAACAGUACCUGGGUCCGAGUCCUCACAGGCCUGAGUCAGUGGAUCUCAGCAGCUACCAUCAGCAGAGCAGCCACAGAGAGGGACGCUCGCUGUCAUAAAAAAGCUAAAAUGAUGUAUUUAUUUAAAUUAUUUUCAGUGUACCACAAACACAAGUGCAAUAUUGUUCAUUCGUGUAUAUUGUUAAUUUUGUUUUUGACAAAUUUUGUUCUUAAAUGACUGUUUAAUGUAAUUAUAAUGCAUCAAUAAAUAACUCUAAUUCAA